CAGUGACGGGACCUCCUAUUUAUUUUCGGGGGAGUAAUUUGAAACCUAAGAUUGUUAACAUAUGUUGACGUCACCUUUCUUCAACUAAUGGGUUUUCAUUCCUUAAAAGUUAACUUAUGCUUCUUCUGCGCAUGCACUGACGAGCAGAGGUAGCUGAGCGAUCCCUUAAAAAUAACCCAAAACACUAGGACAGACAAGAGAGUACACAUGUAGCAUGCGCGCCGCGCCGGGUCGUACGUACACACAGUACAUACAGUACGCCAUCACUAGUCGAUAUGACCGCCGUACCGUAUUGUACCGAACCGUGAUGUUGUCGUCUUUACAAUAGUUUCCACGUGUUGCGAGCAUUUCACCGAAUAUUUUGGAUGUAACUGGACAGCAAGUUCUGCUUCCAAAUAUGCAGCCUCGAAUUAUUGGAAGUAUGUGGCUUCUGUUCAUUGGAAUUUUGACGGUUUUUCGAGGGAGAGUUUUCGUUGAAGCCGAGGUGAGAUGUCUCGUUGCCAUUCAGUUUGCCUGCAGAGAUGGCUUCCAGUGCAUCCCGGCGUCAUGGCGAUGUGAUGCGGACCCAGACUGCCGAGACUUCAGUGAUGAACAAGAUUGUGGUGACAUAAGAUGUCCAUCCAACAAGUUCCGAUGUCAAAACAGUACUAUGUGCAUACCCAUUAGUUGGGUGUGUGAUGAUACUAAUGAUUGCGGAGACAACUCCGAUGAAAAUGUCAAUCGGCCAGGUGGGGUAUCUUGUUCAACGGCUGACAAGGAGUUUCAAUGUCCCCCUAACCAGGUCCGGUGCCCAGGGGCCGAUUUCUGUAUCAGUGCAACAAAAGUCUGUAACAGGGUCCCAGACUGCCCUGGAGGUACCGAUGAGGGCGCUCUUUGCUUACCAGCAAAUGCCAGGAAAUGCGCCCUGAGAACUUGUGAGUAUCGCUGUGUGGAGACAAUAUUGGGUGCAUCGUGCUACUGUAAAGAAGGCUAUCAAGAUGUCAAUGGAACAUGUAGUGAUAUCGACGAGUGCAGUGAUUACAGUCUUCAUGGCUGUGACCAGACCUGCACCAACACAGAAGGAGGCCACACCUGUACGUGUCAGACGGGAUACCAACUUGGGAAAGAUCGGAGGAGUUGCAGCCCGUCAAAUCAAGACCCUGCUCAACUCUUUGUGGCCAAUACCCGCAACAUUCUCAAGCUGAACUUGAAGGGCGCUGAUCUGGAGGGAAUAUCCAGUAUGCCUGCUCUUGGUGCCAUGGCCUUGGAUUAUGACAUCCGAAAAGAAAAGGUUUGCUGGAUAAAUUUUGCUGCAGCCAACGAUGAAAUGAAAUGUGCAAACUCCAGCACAUUGGGCGACCUCAGAAAAGUGGACGUCAUUUUCAGUGUCAGUCACAUCCAGCAGUUUGCCAUUGACUGGGUGACAGGUAACUUCUACUUUGUGGACGACGUGGCAGAUCAAGUUCUCGUCAGCAACAGCGAGAUCAAUAAAUUCAUUCCAAUCAUUGAGACCGGUCUAGAUCAGCCUUUGGGGAUAGCACUGGAUCCAAACAAAGGGCUGAUGUUUCUGACCGAUCGAGGUAGCUCUCCUACUGUCAAGCGUGCCAACAUGGACGGUACGGACGUCAAUACCAUUGUACCCAUUAAGAUCUCCACUCCGCACUGCAUCACUGCUGAUCUGGUUGCUCAGAGAAUCUACUGGGCAGACUCGGGACUACAGCUGAUUGAGAGCAGCGAUUAUGAAGGGACGAACCGCCGCACUGUAGCAAGAGGCUCAAAUGUCCUGUUUGGAUAUGGCAUCUCCGUAUUUGGUAACUACCUGUACUUCACAAGCUGGUUGCCACAGCCGUCUAUCACAAGGAUCCACAAGUUUACUGGUAGCACCUCCGUGCUUAGAAGUGAUGGCAUCAGCCACGGGGCUGGCGCUAUCAGAGUCCAUCAUGAGUCGCUACAGCCACUGGUUGGAGCCCAUCCCUGCCGCACCAACAACGGAGGCUGCAAUCACAUUUGCUUGAUAUCAGGCAAAGACGGCAGCGAACGGCAGUGCCGAUGCCAGCAGGGCUUCAUCUUACAAAAUAACACCCAGUGCAUCGAGAACAGUGACAACUCCAAGUUUCUGAUCUACGGCCAGAGCUUCCCCGGUUCCAUUCACGGGAUACCGAUGGACCGUGUCCCGGACAAUCGUGAGGUGAUGAUUCCAAUCAUUAACCUGAACAGUCCUCGGGCUGUGGACUACUAUGCGGCUGAGGAAUACAUCUACUACGCUGAUUCUAAUAGCUAUGUGAUUGGACGUCAGAAGAUCGACGGCACGGGUGCUGAAAGGUUGAUUGAAGACAGAGUGAGUAACUGUGAGGGAAUUGCUGUGGACUGGAUCAGCAAGAAUCUGUACUGGACCGACGAUGACUUGAAGACUGUCAGCGUCGCUCGUCUGAAUGGCUCACUCCGCAAGACUAUCAUCGAAGGCAACUUGACACACCUCAGGGCCAUUGUGCUGGACCCCACAGACGGGUACCUGUACUUUUCGGACUGGGCCGAAGGCAUUGAGGAUAGCCACCUAGCGAAGAUAGAGCGUGCUCACAUGGACGGGUCCAAUCGGGAGACAUUCAUAUCCAAUGACCUUCUCUGGCCAAACGGUCUGAGUUUGGACAAGGAGAAAGGCAAGCUGUACUGGUGUGAUGCCUUCCAUGAUUGGAUCAUGGCCGUCGAAUUGCAGAAUCGGACUAAUAUAAUGAGGUUGGUGAUGAGUACUAGCAUACUGCACCCGUUUGGUGUGGAUUACUACGGAGAUAUCGUCUUCUGGACAGACUACACUAGGGGAGAGGUCUACCGGCAUGAUCUACAGGGUCACAGUGAUUCAGUCAAACUGCGCAGUGGUGGCGUACUAUUUGAGUUGAGAGUGUACGACCCUGAACGACAAACAGGUACCAACGCUUGUUCUGAUAACAAUGGUGGAUGUCAGGAGCUGUGCUUGCCAGUACCUGAAGGCAAUCGACAAUGUGCCUGCCAAGAAACAUAUAAACUGGACUCAGAUGGGACAACCUGUCUAGUUGACCAAGAUUAUGAGCAGCCUGACCUAUGUGGGGAUGAGUACCAGUGUCGGAACGGUCGUUGUGUGGACCGAGUCUGGCUAUGCGAUGGUGACAAUGAUUGCGGUGACAAUAGCGAUGAAACAAUGGAAUGCAGUAAUUCAACAUGUAACGAGGAUGAAUUUACAUGCCGAAACAACAAAUGCGUCAUCAGUCGAUGGCUGUGCGAUGGAGACGAUGAUUGCGCUGAUGGUUAUCGCAGUGACGAGUCCCCUGAAACGUGCAGUGAGCAUACAUGUCAUGAUCACCAAUUUCUCUGUGCCAACCGACGUUGUAUCCUGGAAUUGUGGAAAUGUGACACUGAGGAUGAUUGCGGUGACAACAGUGAUGAGCUGGACUGUCCUGCACACACCUGUGGCCCGUUUGAUUUCCAGUGCGACAAUGGACGCUGUGUUGUGCCGUUUUUCAGGUGUGACCAAAGUGAUGACUGCGGUGAUAACUCAGACGAACGUAACUGCACCUACUCUUGUGCUGUGAAUGAGACACAGUUUCAGUGUCAGUCAGGCCUUUGUAUUGACUUGGAUCUGCAGUGUAAUGGCUUUGAAGACUGUGAUGAUGCUAGCGAUGAGAGCAACUGCACUGUGGAGCCGGUCAGUAUUUGCCGAGAAGGUCAGUUCAGCUGUGGAACAGGCUUCUGCAUAUCAAACCUGGCUGUCUGCGAUGGUGAAGACGACUGCGGGAACGGAAACGAUGAAGACAAUUGCGCUGAUCAAACAACCUGUAAACUAGACACUCACUUCCGUUGUAAGAAUGACAGUAAAUGCAUCCCUAUCUGGUGGAAAUGUGACGGAAAUCAGGAUUGUGCUGAUCAGUCUGACGAACUCAACUGCUUAACCGAGUCUUGCCCGCAUGGUUUCUGGCAAUGCCCCAACCACACCCUCUGCAUCCCUCUCUCCAACCUCUGUGAUGGCCAGCGUCAAUGCGUCCACGGCGAGGAUGAAGGAGGGGAAUGCGAGAAUCGCUGGUGUCAAACCAAACCCUUCCCUGGCACGUACUCCAACUGCAGCCACCAAUGCCAGAACUCGCCCAACGGUCGCGUCUGUCUGUGCCCAGAGGGCUCCCUCUUACUACACGAUCCUUACCAAUGCGAGGCAGACACGCGCAUGUGCUCAGUGCGAGGGCGCUGUAGCCAGCGCUGCAUCAACCACAAGGGGUACUACACCUGUCACUGCUAUGAGGGGUACGCUCGAUUGGAAGACGGUACCUCAUGCCGUUCCACAGACCCGGCCAUUCCUUACCUUAUCUUCUCCAACCGCAACCAGCUACGGCGCAUCAACCUACACACUAAGGACUAUAAUGUUCUGGUCUUCAACCUUCGCAACACCAUCGCUCUAGACUUCAAUUACAAUACUAGUGAGGUGUAUUGGACGGAUAUUGUGGACGAUAAGAUCUAUCGUGGAUGGAUGGAUGUUGACUCUCAUAAUGCUGGACUGAGGAACAUUGAAGAGGUCGUGAGUGCCGGUUUGGCGACGGCUGAAGGCCUAGCCGUAGACUGGGUUGGUAGCAAUCUGUACUGGGUGGAGAGCCAGCUGGAUCAGAUUGAAGUCUCUAAGCUGAAUGGGAGUUUCCGGACUACCGUGGUAGCUGGUCAGAUGGCCAAUCCUAGAGCGAUAACCCUGGAUCCUAGAGUAGGCUUGAUGUUCUGGACUGACUGGGAUGCUGCCAACCCCCGCAUUGAACGCUCCACCAUGGCCGGUCUGAAACGCAAAAUUAUCUUCAAUGUGACGCGAGUUAACGGUGGCUGGCCUAAUGGACUGACCCUAGAUUAUCUUGAGAAUCGAGUCUACUGGAUUGAUGCCAGGUCAGAUUCCAUCCAUUCCAUCCUAUACGACGGCACCCAACCCUUCACUAUCCUCCAGGGCCAUAUUCACAUGUACCAUCCCUUCGCUGUCACCAUCUUUGAAUCCACAGUGUACUGGACAGACUGGCGAAGUAACGGUGUCUACGGAGCUAAUAAAUGGACGGGGGCCAACGUGACUAUCGUACAGAAGACAUCGACUCAGCCAUUUGACUUGCAUAUCUUCCAUCCACAGAGGCAGCCUCCUGUACUAGACGAAGAUAAUCCUUGUGCUACAGACAAUGGUGGCUGUUCCCAUCUGUGUCUGCUUAAUGGAGACCAGUCAGCGUGUCUGUGCCCGCACCUUAUGCAACUUGGAGAGGACAAUAUGACUUGCCAGGAUGACAAUGUAUUCUUCGUCAUUUCGGUUCCCACCGAGAUUCGCGGUGUCCAUCUGAGCGACGGUUAUCACAACGUGAUCCCUCCCCUGACCAUACCCAGUGUGGCUAACGCCUCGUCUGUGGAUCAUGACGUGAAGGAACAACGAUUAUACUGGACAGAUCUGCAACACAAGUCUAUCAACAGGGCCUACAUCAAUGGCACUAACAUAGAAACAGUCAUUGAAGGUAUACCUGAUUCCUAUAGCUUGACCAUAGACUGGCUGUCUCGUAACAUGUACUGGACCAACAUCUCUCCUGAGAAGAGCAGUCUGAAUAUAGCUCGUCUGGACGGUAGCUAUCGGAACGAGAUUCAUCUCCGUAAUCUUACCAGCCCUCGGAGUGUCAUCGUCAGACCAAGUGAAGGGACUAUGUACUGGAUCAACGCUGGAGACCUUCCAACGAUUGAGAGAGCUAACAUGGAUGGAUCCAACCAAACAACGCUGAUAUCUUCUAUUCUGAUUGACCCCCUUGGUCUUGCCUUAGAUGACAAGGCCAGCCGUCUCUACUGGACAGAUAGAGGCAAUCAGUCUGGCAUACACUCCAGUACACUCAAGGGUGAAGAUAUACAGAUAUUCCUGGAGCUCGGAAAUGAUGCUGUUCCAUCUGCUAUCACUGUCACCGAAGAAAAGGUGUACUGGGCAGAGUCCAACGUAGUCAAGUAUGUUAGCAAGAACAACACAAGCAACAUCCAGAUACUCAGGAGGGACCUGUCAGGAGUCAAGGAGAUGUUUAUCUAUGAUCCUACUGCCAAGACAAAGGCCAGUAACCGUUGUUCCCAGAACCGUGGUGGUUGCAGUCAGCUGUGUAUCCCGCUACCCAACGCACAGCGAGUGUGUGCAUGUACGGCUGGUUACAAACUGGAUGAACAAGACAAGAUCAGCUGCAAAGGUGUUGAGUCGUUCCUGAUUUACUCGAUUGAUACCAGUAUCCGCGGCAUUGGCCUUGAUCCAUCAGACGAGGGCGAUCUACUGAUUCCUAUAUCAGGACUCCUACUAGCCGUAGCUAUUGACUUUGAUGCAGCGAAUAAUUUCAUCUACUGGGUGGACACGUCGUCUCAUGCCAUCAGUCGUAUCCAUCGUGACCACACAUCCAGAGAGGUUCUCAUUAACAGUGGGAUGGGCAGAGUGGAAGGCCUUGCUGUGGAUUGGAUCGCUGGUAACAUGUACUGGACGGACCAACAGCUAGAUCUGAUUGAAGUAGCCCGUGUCGAUGGAACCUAUCGCUAUGCUCUGAUAUCGGAGGAUUUGGAUAAACCUAGAGCGAUUGUUGUACAUCCAGAGAUGGGAUAUCUUUUCUGGGCUGACUGGGGAACUGCUCCAAAGAUUGAACGUGCUCGGUUGGACGGCACCAAUCGUACCGUCAUAGUCAGUGAAACCAUCGGCUGGCCAAACGGACUCACUAUUGACUACGGCAAGGGCGCCCUCUAUUGGUGCGACGCCAAGCUGGACCGCAUCUUCGCCAUGGACUUUGACGGGAACUCCAGACGGGUCGUCCUGGAUGAGGAGAUUUAUGAUCCGUUUGCCAUCACUGUGUUUGAAGACUACAUGUACUGGACUGAUAGGACUUACCAAAGUGGCUCCAUCCAGCGAGCGUUAAAGUUGGAUGGUACAGGACGCAAAGUUCUCCUGAGUGACGUGGGACUACCUGUCAAAGAUAUACAUGUGUACAGCAAGAACAAGCAAAAUGGAACCAGCGCCUGUGCAGUUGAUAACGGGGGAUGUGAGCAGCUGUGUUUUAGCACUGGAGACAAUACCAGAACAUGCAACUGUACUUAUGGAAUAUUGCAUGAAGAUGGCCAUUCAUGUAAAGAGUACAAUGCGUACAUUCUGUUCUCCCAGGGAAGUAUUCUUAAAGGUCUUAAUCUCCAUGCCGACACGGACCCCAACAUCCCCAUCAAUCCCAUCAAGGAUGACCGCUUCAUCCGUAAUGUCAUCGGUCUGGCCGUGGACUACAGGACAAAGAUGUUAUACUACACAGAUAUACAGCAGGGCAGCAUCCAUGAGAUGCUCCUGAAUGGGUCCGGGCACCGGACUAUCGUUGAGAACACAGGUUCAGCUGAGGGAAUAGCCUACGACCCAGUCUUUAGCAUGAUCUACUGGACUAGCUACACUAACUCCUCCAUCGCUCGUAUCAGGGUGGUCGAUCCACAGCCUAAGCCGCAGCUGCUUGUUAGAUUGACCGCUGAGGAUCAUCCACGAGGGAUUGCUAUUGACUCCUGCGGAGGGUACCUCUACUGGUCCAAUUGGAACACAGAACACCCCCGUAUCUCCCGCUCUCGCAUGUCUGGAUCCAACGUGACUGAUAUCAUCACUACAGAGAUACAGAUGCCUAAUGGUAUCGUCGUGGAUCACCUAGCGUCCAAACUGUUCUGGUGUGAUGCCAGGCUUGAUAAGAUUGAACGCACAAACUUGGACGGCACUAACCGAGUGGUCAUCCUCCCUCUGGAGCCAGUCCAUCCCUUCGGCUUGGCCGUGCUGGGGGAAUCCAUCUACUGGACGGAUUGGGUCAAGCGAUCGGUCAUCCGUGCCAACAAGUACACAGGCGGGGACGUCGUGGUCCUACAGAGCAAGUUACGACAGCAACCCAUGGGGCUGGUCAUUGUGUCUGAAGAUGUCAGCGAUUGCACACAAUGGCCAUGUCAGUUGUACAAUGGCGGCUGUGAUAAGACGUGCGCCACUGACGAGUAUGCACAGGUUGUCUGCAGCUGUGACGAGACCGAAGUCUUAGUCAAUAAAUACAGAUGUUUAGUGAGUAAUAGAACCUGUCCUGGUAGAGAUCGGUUCACCUGCGGGAACAAUGAGUGUAUCAAUUAUGAAGACACCUGUGACGGCAGAUCGCAAUGCCCAGAUAACUCUGAUGAAAGAGACUCCUACUGCAAAGCUCGGAACUGUAGGCGUGGCUAUUUCCGUUGUCGUAACGGGCGCUGCAUUCCCGACAUUCACCGCUGUGACUUCAACAACAAUUGUGGAGACAACAGUGACGAGUAUCGAUGUGGUGAUUGUUAUCGUCAUGAGUUUAUGUGUAACAGUGGAGAGUGCAUUCCAAGGACUAGUGUGUGCGACGCUCGUCGGGACUGUACAGACUCCUCAGAUGAAAUUCUCUGUCCGGACGUCACCUGUGAUGAUUGGCGUAGUAAUAUCGACGGUGCCAGGCCAGACACGGUGCUCAUCAAGUGUAACUUCUCCUCCAUCUGCAUCCCACCUGUGCACAAAUGUGACGGCAUCGACGACUGCGGUAACCCAGUGGACGAUGAACUAGGAUGCAGUCCCGAUUUGACUGAGCAGCCCACAUGUCCCGAGUCGUUCUUCAAGUGUCCAAACGGUGAAUGCAUCCGUAACUCCUGGGUGUGCGAUCGUGAUGAUGACUGCGGUGACGGAGCUGAUGAGCCGGCCAAUUGCAAUUACACCUGCAGUACUGAUCAGUUCCAGUGUGCCAACAAGCAGUGUAUUCCCACCAAGUGGAAAUGUGACGGGGAUAAUGAUUGCUUAGAUAACUCAGAUGAGCAGGCGGGAUGUGAUUACGCGACGUGUGCUGGUGAUCUGUUCCGCUGUGAGACCUCCAAGCGAUGUAUCCCAAGAUCCUGGGUCUGUGACGGAGAUAACGAUUGCGGAGACGCUGCUGAUGAACAUUUUGACCAAGGAUGCAAUGUGACGCGCUGUGAGGCUAAUGAGUAUGCUUGUUUGAACACACGCUGCAUCCAAGUGGCCUGGGUCUGUGAUCGGGAUAAUGACUGUGGGGACAAUUCUGAUGAACCAGACACAUGCGAGUAUUCCACCUGUCAAGCAGGUCAAUUCACCUGUGCCAAUGGUCAGUGUCUACACAGUUCCUGGGUGUGUGAUGGGGACCCUGACUGUCGAGAUCAUUCAGAUGAAGCCAAUUGUACAACUGAGGCACCUCCCCCUGGAGAUUGUGACCCAGACUCGCCCGGUUCACAGUUCCGAUGUGAAAACAAUAAGUGCAUCUCACGGACUAAACUAUGUAACAAUUUUGACGACUGUGAGGAUGCAUCUGAUGAGAGAAACUGCGGUGUGAAUGAGUGUCAAACGGGCAACCCAUGCCAUCACAUGUGCAGUGAUGAACCAACUGGCUUCAAAUGCACCUGCUACUCAGGCUUCCGACUCCUCAACGACAGCACAACCUGUGAAGAUAUCAACGAAUGCCUGGAGACACUUCCGUGUUCUCAAGGAUGCCUCAAUGCGGCCGGCUCCUAUCGCUGUUACUGCUCCGAGGGAUAUAAACCGUUGCCCAACAACGCCAACAAAUGCAUAGUGACUGAUAACGAAGUCAAGGCCAAAGUCUUGUUCUCCAAUCGUUACUACAUUCGCUCAGUGGAUCUCUUAGGGGCCAACUAUGAGCUGAAGGCUACCCAGCUCACUAACGCCGUGGCCUUAGACUUUGAUAAUCAGGAUCAGAUGAUUUACUGGUCGGAUGUGACGCAUCAGGACAGCACUAUCAGCCGUAUGCAUCUGAAUGGUAGCGGGGAGGCCGAGGUACUACACCUUGGCGUACGUAACCCUGACGGUUUAGCUGUGGAUUGGAUCGGCAGGAAUCUGUACUGGUGUGAUAAAGGCUUAGAUCAGAUCGGAGUGUCCACUUUAGAUGGUCGCUAUCGCCGAGCGCUCAUCACAGAAGGGUUAGAUGAACCACGGGCUAUAGCACUCGAUCCACGCAAUGGACUAAUCUACUGGACAGAUUGGGGACAGCAACCUUACAUCGGUCGGGCAAGUAUGGACGGCACAUCCACCAUUCAUCUAGUUGAAGACCACCUCAGAUGGCCUAAUGGUCUGACCAUCGAUUACACCACGGACCGUGUCUUCUGGGCAGACGCCCACCUCGAUAGGAUUGAGUUUGUGGAAUGGGACGGUCGCAACAGGCAAGUGGUGAUUGAUGACAACAUCCCUCACAUCUUUGCCAUCUCGUUGUUUGAGGAUUGGCUACUCUGGACGGACUGGGAGAACAAGACCGUGGUCAAGGCUAACAAGUACACUGGUCUGAAUCGGACCAUACUGGCCAGUACGGUCCAUCGGCCCAUGGACAUCCAUGUGAUGCAUCCACUCAGACAACCACAGGGUGUCUUCAAUCCCUGCAAACACAACAACGGCGGUUGCAGCAACCUGUGUCUACUCAACGACCGUAACGGCCGGACCUGUGCCUGUCCCAACAACUACUACCUCUCCCCAGACGAGAUGACCUGUAUGUCUAACUGUACCUCCAGCCAGUUCAUCUGUCAUAAUGAUAAGUGUAUUCCAUUCUGGUGGCGUUGCGAUGGGGAGGAUGAUUGUGGGGACAAUUCAGACGAGCCUGAUGAUUGUCGCCCAUUCCACUGUGUGGUUGGUCAGUUCCAAUGCGUUAACUCCACAGAAGAGAACAAAGAUUGCAUCAAUCCUGCCUACAUCUGCGAUGGAGAAGACGAUUGUAGCGACGGCUCCGAUGAAUUCAAUUGUGAUCGUCACACAUGUCUGGCCAGCCAGUUCAAAUGUAACGAGAGCAGUCGCUGUAUUCCUCUAUCCUUCCACUGUGACGGCUUUGCUCAUUGCCCUAAUGGUGAAGAUGAACGCAAUUGUCCGGUUCCGUCGUGUCGGCCACAGCAAUUCUCCUGCAACAACAGCAACUGCAUCCCGGAGGUUUGGCAGUGUGAUGGUGAAGAUGACUGUGGAGAUAAAAGUGACGAACCAGAGUCAUGCGGGAUCCGUACCUGUCCGGCAAAUCAUUUCACUUGUAAUAACUCCCAGUGUGUUCCUGAGAAGUGGCGCUGUGACGGCGAAUAUGACUGCCAUGAUCGGUCCGAUGAAACCCCCGAGGAUUGUGGCAAAAUAACGUGCCCACCCACUAACUUUCAAUGUGCCAACAAUCGCUGUAUCCCAAGAGGUUGGGUGUGCGACACUGACAAUGAUUGCAUGGACGGAUCUGAUGAACGUGAUUGUGAUUUCAGUUGCGGUGGGAAUCAAUUCCGAUGCGACAGUAACUUAUGUAUCCCACAAGGCUGGGUAUGUAAUGGUGAACCAAACUGUGUGGAUGGGACUGACGAAAGUGAUGAACGUUGCAGUCCGACGCAGUGUUUGGAGAAUGAGUUCAAAUGUGACAGUAGUCAAUGCAUCUGGAGCGGUUGGGUCUGUGACAAUAAUUGGGAUUGCUUCGACGGCUCAGACGAGAAUAAUUGUAGCAGACAGUGUGCAGAGGAUGAAUUCAAGUGUGAUAACACACAGUGCGUCUCACGGCGAUGGCGAUGUGAUGGAGAGGAUGAUUGCGGUGACAACUCAGAUGAAGACAUAGCCAUGUGUGUUGAGCUUCCGUGCUUACCUCCCAAUCGAUUCUUGUGUGCAAACCAUAUCUGUGUGCACAGUAUGCAGCGAUGUGACGGGGUGGAUCACUGCGGAGAUGGAAGCGAUGAGCAAUUCUGUACCACAGAGCCACCUGAGUGCCAAAGUGAUGAGUUCAAGUGCCGUAACGGCAGGUGCGUUCCUUACCACAGAUUCUGUGACCUGGUCAACGAUUGUGGAGAUCUGUCUGAUGAGGUUGCAUGCAUCAAAGGAGGCAACUGCUCUGUCGGUAUACAUGGAUGCGAGCACCACUGCAACGACAGACAGGGAACCAGUUAUUACUGCAGCUGUCGUGAUGGGUACCAGCUACAAGACAAUGGAAGGUCAUGCCUCGAUAUCAAUGAAUGCGAGGAGGUCGGUGUGUGCUCACAGAUUUGUGAGAACCUACAAGGCAGCUUCAUCUGCAGCUGUCAGGCUAACUACAUAGAGGAGAGAAGGAAUGGGCAUCAUGUCACCUGCAAGGCAAACGGUCCCCCAGAUUUCCUGCUGAUUCCCGGCAACGGUCAGCUACAGCGCUACAACCCACACCACAAGAACGUGUCCUUUGAAUACUCCAGCAGUGAAGGAGUGCGGAUCGAUGCCGUGGACUUCAAGCAAGAUACGCAGACCAUCUUCAUGUUGGACAUUGAGGGCGGUACAAUCAGUCGCAGGAAUUUAGAGUCCAACCGACGCACACGCAGAAGUACGCCUGUUCAAGCAAUCAUCCGCAACUUAUCAUCUCCACAUGACAUUGCCGUCGACUGGGUCUCGUCUAAAAUCUUUUGGACAGACACAGCUAUUAGGGUGGCUGAUAUAGUGAGCGGUGACAAGCUGACGCUGAUCUCAUAUGGUUUGAGGCAACCCUUCGCCAUUGUGGUAGAUCCCGAGCAUGGUCAGUUGUUCUGGUCAGAAGUUGGCGGGACGCCACGCAUCGCUAGAGCUAACAUGGACGGCUCAGACAUACUGUCCAUCGUCAGACAGCGAAUCAUAUAUCCAACAGGUCUAGCUUUGGAUUAUGUCCAGAACAAAUUAUACUGGGCCGACUCCAAAGCGUCUCGGAUUGAGAUGGUCUCAUUAGAUGGCGCUGAUCGAACUCUAGUCUACAGGUUUUCACCAGUUGAAGGCAAUCCGUUUGCCAUAGACGUCUUUCAGGACUGGAUUUACGGCACUACUAGGCCGGCCAAUAAGAUCUUCCGAGUGAACAAGUUUGGCAGGAGGGACAUUCCCAACGGCAAUUUGACCGUUGUGGCUGAAGGCUUAGCCAGAUCCUCUGGUGUGGUCAUUGUACAGCAAUAUAAACAAGCACAGGGCCUGAGGAAUCCGUGUAGUUCCAACCCUUGUCAGGACAUGCAGCUUUGUCUUCUGACUCCCAGUAACUACGUGUGUCGAUGCAGGAAUGGGUUCGAAUCCUCACCGACAGGGGGUGGCUGUGUUCCAUCUGACGGAUCAACACCAUGUGCAGAUGUACAGUGUCUACAUGGAGGGACGUGUUUGGUGCUAGGACCUUCCCGCUUCAAAUGCAAGUGUCAAAGUCAGUACACCGGUCCAACAUGUGAGACUGACCUGUGUGCUGGUUAUUGCUUAAACGGAGGAACCUGUCUUAUCUCUGGUUCCGGAGAGGGUAGGACAGCCCAUUGCACAUGCCCACGAGGCUUCGAAGGACUAAAGUGUGACAUUGAACAAGACCCAUGUGAUACUCUGAAAUGUCUGAACGGGGCCAUCUGCCGAAAACAACAAGAUGGUGCAGAGUGCACUUGUGGCUCGGUACGCUAUGAAGGUGUCCGAUGCGAAAUUGAUAAAUGUGAUACGUGUGAUCCAGCUAGCUCUACAUGUAACCUUGUGAAAGACGGGAUACAAUGUGUCCCGAAGCCCCCAAGGCUACACCGUCACCAGGCGAUAAGAACAAGAAUACACAGAAUCCACCAGUUUCGUUAGCAGUGGUGAUUCCGGUUGUUCUGAUCAUUCUUGCAGUAGCUGUGGUUCUGUUCCUUGUAUGGUACAAGAGGAGGCACACAGGGAGCUUCAAGCAUCAUCGCAUGAAGCAGGACGGAGGAGGAAACAUUGAGAUCGGCAACCCAACAUUCAUGUAUGAGCCACAACUCAAUGAGGAUGAUGGACCUGAGCUGGUAGAUACGGCAUUCACUGUCAAAGGAAGCAAG